UAAUUCUUAUUUUAAGUUUGUUAAACGCUUUAUUUUUUAUUAUUCGUUUUUUUAAAAAGAAAAAAGACGCACCUGUAUUUAAGAAAUGUGAUGUUUUCUGUUAUAUCGACGUACUAAAUAUCAUUUUUGUCGGUUUGUCGGUUGGUCCUGAGAUGAUUUGACCCUUAGGACCGUUUUCAUCUGAGGUGACACGGAGUUUAGAUUCACUUUUACCUCAUUUUCUUUCAUAUUUUGGAGUUUUACCAAAGUUUAAUUAAUUAGAAGCAAGUGUCAGUCUCGGAGUGAAGCAGAUGAAAGACAGCUGGGAGCUCUCUUUACAAGACAACGUUUUGGCAUUUUAAAGGGUUUCCCUUCAUGGGCAGGACUAUCUCAGCAUUCGAAUGCAUUUGUCACUAGAUAUAAUGAACAUGGUGGAUGACAGCUGCCCCUCGCCCGGCACCUUCCAUGAGAUGGUAAAAGGAGCCGUGGCGUCUGUGGGCACCCACGUCCACAGCAUCGAUGUCAUCCUGGGCUUUACACAGGACCACGGGACCUUGCUCGGUCACGGAGUAAACGUCGUACCUCCUGAGAUGGAAAGGCACGAGGAGCCGACAGAACGAGCGAACACGGUGCACUCACUUGACAGUGUGUGUCUGAAGGAAAACUCAAAGCAUCCUGCUUGUCCAGCUCAUGAAACCUUCUCCAAUAAGUGUGAGGACGAGCCAGGAGAGGUGUGGGGCUCGACCGAGAGCGAUGGGAAAUCGCCAGAGCGGGCGGAUGAGGAUCAUCCCAAGAAGAAGCACAGAAGAAACCGCACCACGUUCACCACAUAUCAGCUUCACGAGCUGGAACGCGCCUUCGAAAAGUCUCACUACCCGGACGUGUACAGCCGCGAGGAGCUCGCCAUGAAGGUGAACCUACCCGAGGUCCGAGUGCAGGUCUGGUUCCAGAACCGUCGUGCCAAAUGGAGGCGUCAGGAGAAGAUGGAAGCCAGCGCAGUAAAACUCCACGACUCACCCAUGCUCACCUUCAGCCGACCGUCCAUGCAAACCAGUAUGAGCCCCAUGACCAACUCGCUGUCCGUGGACCCUUGGCUAACGUCCUCUCUGACCAACACCACGUCAGUGCACGGCGUCGGAUAUCAGAGCCACAGCUUCCUGAGCUUCCAGGUCCAGGGUGUGCAGCCCAUGGCGGCCCCGCCCUACCAGUGCCCCCCGGUGUUCCCUGAGAAAUUCCCACUGGAGGAAGUGGAUCAGCGCAGCUUCAGCAUCGUUGCCCUGAGAAUGAAAGCCGAGGAACACGUUCAGGCCAUGGAUAAAACGUGGCAACCCAUGUGAUAGGGCAGAGCCCAGACUGUCAGGGUUUUACAUGAACGGACAAAACUUGGCAACCCGUGACAUUGAUGAGCCUUCAGGAACCAGAACCAGACAUGUCCAAUGUCAAGUAAAGACUGUUGAUAAGAGAAACAUGUAGCAAGUAAUAAACAGACUGAAUAACAUGUUUUAAUAAUUAAUUUUUACUGCAUUUAGAACUCCUCCUGAACACUGAGCAAUAUUUUUGUACAACACUUGAUUGACAGAUAGCUGAAAUAACUGGAAUUCAUGGUAAAAAUGGGGUAUGUUGCUUUAUUUUUAUUAGUUCUGGAUCAUUCAUGUUACAGCAUUUGAUGCUAUUUUCUUGUCGUCCAUUCAGAGGAUCCUUAGUAAGAUGCGAUAGAUCUUUAAGUCACCUAAACUGCAAAAUCUAGGAAACAAAACUUAAAUAUAAAUCAAAUAAAAUAAGAAAAUCUAAAGUAAGGAUAGAAUAUGGGACGCGUGAUACACGUUGGCCUGGGUUUGAGUCAGGGUCCUUUCUGUGUGGAGUUGGCAUGUUCUCUCUGUGUCAGUGUGGGUUUCUAUUUGAAGUUACUACUGUAGAAUUUGCCCUACAUGUGAGUGUGUUUAUGAGUGUGUGCGUGUGCUCUGUGAUGGACUGGCGACCUGUCCGGGUGUUUCUCCCGACGAAUCAGACCCACCGUGACCCUGACCAGGAUAAAUCGAUGGUCAAAUGAAUGAAAAUCCCGAAAUGGCCCAAAUAUACUGUAUGUUGACUUGUAUUUCUGUGUGUAUGUGCGCCUCCCCGUUAUCUCCCCGCAUCGUACCAGUACGUCCUAACACUUACUUAACUUACUUAUAGCCGAUUAGUUCUUAAUUCCCAGGACGGACGUCUUCAUGGACACAAAAGCCCACAGACCCGCCCUCACACAGGAAGGUCACACCGGGCGAGUGGCGUGAGGUCAUUUUGUGCAUCCAGGCGGUGCGUGUGAGGACAGAUCGGCCUAACGAGCAGAACAGAAAUGAGGCGACUGGGAGAAUAAAAGUCCGUGCGCCUCAGCGAGCGUCAGAAGAAAAGACCUGUUGGCAGGUCACUCGCUCGGUAACGAUCCCUGUGCAGAAAGCUGCUCAGCUCACGCAAUUUAAAAGAAAAACAUACUUUCAGUAUCAAAAAGAACAAAAGAAAACUAAUAGGUCUGCUGGGUGACUGGAUAACGUCCUUCAUAUGAUCUAGGAAUGAAGGACGUCAUGGAUCUACUGCAGAAUGUAUUAAUUGAAUGUUUUUAUAGUGUAUUAUGCAUCGCCAGUGGGCGGUACAACACUUAAAGUGAUGCAUAAACUGCAUUUUCCUACAUUUGUUAACAUAUUAUUACCUGGAGUUAACUAACAAGCAUCCGAAAAUGAAAUUAGACAGCUAGUAAAUACACAACAGUGCAGACAGAUAACUACCCUGUAUGAACAAAAGUAUUGGGACGUCCCUUUUUUUUAAAUGCAUUUUCUUCCCAUUUUCCUCCCAAUUUAGCGAUUAAAUUUUUUGUCUUCAGAUACUACGUGCUGGUGUGCAAACGGAAUAUCCCGCUGCGCCGCCUGGGACGCGCCUUUUAAUGAUUGAAUUUAUGUGUUGCAUAAACAAUUGCUAGCAUAUGUAACUAACAUGUAGUUUGUGAUGCUGGACAAAAGUUAUAUAUUUUUUAUUUGUACUCAGGAGUGCUGUAACAAUCAAUAGCUUAAAGGUAGCUUAAUGUUUAAGCCCCGCAACUGCCACUGUUGGACCCCUGAGCAAGGCUCUUUAUGCUCAAUUGCUUGAAUCGUAUACAGCCACAAUUUUAAGUCAUUUUGGAUAAAAAGUGUCCGCUAAAUGUAAUAAAUGUAAAUGAACUGGAAUAUGUAGAACAUUUGUGUUCAAUAGUGGUUUAACCAAAGUUCAGCCCUAUAACAUGUAAAAUUAAUUGAUUAAAUGAUACGUUUGAGUUUUUAUAUUAUUUAAAAACACUUACAGAAUUGUGUUCUGACUACGUAAACAUUUACUUCACCUUUUCUCUGCUUCGA